AUGCACGGCCGCCCGCGUGAGUACAAGAACAAGCUCAAAGCAGACUCGAAGGCGCAAGAGGCGUAUAAAAAGAAAGUAGAUGCCAUUCGGAACGGCACAGCGCUGGUGCUGGAGUACCGCAAGCAGAAAAAAUACGACCCAGCAGUCCUCGAUGCAGCAGCAAAGCUGCUGAAGGUGGUCCCCGAGAUCUACACGCUGUGGAACUACCGUCGUGAGGCCCUUGGUCCCGUGUUCGAGUCCGGCGGGGAGCAGGCGCAGCGGGCCAGUGAGGGGGAGCUGGCGCUGACGCAGGCCUGUCUGCUAGAGAACCCCAAGUCGUACUCCACCUGGCACCACCGCAAGUGGGUGGUCGGCCGGGGGCUAGCCCCCCUGGAGCGGGAGCUGCACCUCGUAUCCAGGCCCCUGGGACCGCCCACCACAAUCCAUCAUAACACACUGCACGUGCUGAGCCGUCCAUAUGCCGUACGCCGUACGUCACAGGACGAGUUGCAGUACGUUGAGGAUAAGAUCCUGCAGAACUUCAGCAACUACAGCGCCUGGCACUUCCGUACAAUCCUCCUGCACCAGAUGUACUGCAGCGGACCCGCAGGAUCCGGAUCCGACUCCGGAUCAGGUAACGGAGGGGAUGCCGCGGCCGGGUCACUGGGGUCGACGGCCCCACUGGCGGCGGCGGCCACCGCCGGAGGCUCUGCGAACCGCGGGUCGGCUGGCCAGCGGACGCCAAUUCCACACGACGUGCUAGACCAGGAGUACGACAUGGUACACCAGGCCUUCGCCACGGACUCCCGAGACGAGUCCCCCUGGAUGUACUACCGCUGGCUGGCCUGUCGUCUGCUGGAGGACCACCUGGCUGCGGAACCGGAUGCGAGGUGGCCGCUGCUCACGUUGGCCAGGUUGCGGGAGGCGCAGGCCCGGUUGGGACUGGGUGGCUCGCCCGAGGAGUGUGAGGAGAUGCUGCAGGAGGCGCGCUCUUUGUACGGCAGGUUGAUGAUAUUGGAUCCAAUGCGGCGCGGCUUUUAUGAGGACGCGCUGGAGGGACGGGCGUUUGUGGUGGUGCAGGCGCUGGGGACGGUGUGA